AUGUCGGCCCUCACCCAGAACGCCGUUCCCCAGCCCGCCGCCGCCCCGGUCGAGCACGCCGCCACCCCCGGCACCGUCCCGCCUCAGCAGGGCGUCGCCCCGGCCCGCGAGCCCCUCGCCACCACGACCAACGGCCCUGCUGCCACCCACGACGCCGACCCCAAGGUCGUCAAGCAGGCCGAGAAGGAGCACAAGAAGCUCGAGAAGACGCUCAAGAAGGAGGAGAAGCACGAGGAGAAGGAGCUCAAGCAUGUCACCAAGGCGACGGCGAAGCAGGCCAAGGACGAGCAGAAGGCGGCAAAGGCCCAGGCCAAGGCGCGCAAGCAGGUCGACAAGUUGCAGCAGAAGGAGAUCAAGUACGCCAAGGGCCUCACGCGCGCCCAGGAGAAGCACAACAAGGCGGUCGCCGCCCUCAACAAGGCCAAGCAGGACCUCGAGCUCCACACGCAGGAGCACAACCGCCUCGUCCAGGAGCGCCAGCCUCGUGUCAACCAGCUCGAGCAGGUCAAGGCCGAGAAGGCGCAGCACGACGCCGCUCGCCAGGCUCGCCUCUCUGCCGACGAGGCCCGCAUCCCCGGCCACUGAGCGCACCGCCCAUGCGCCGUCUCGGCGGCAUCCCUCGUUGCCUCUCGCAUACCUCGUCUCGCGAUCGCCCGCCAACUACCCUUAGCCUCCUCGCCGCCUCGCUAAUCUUUUUCUGCGUCGCGCGCCUACCUCCAUCUUUGUGUCGAACAGCCAAUGUAUCCGUUUGCGAGUCGUC